UUCUCCCCCAAUCAGAUGGCGCUACUCACACUUUUAGCGACGCACAGACUGGGCCUAAAGGUGAAUGAAGUACUGUUUAGCGCGCUUGGGUCGCAUUUUGUGCGUAAUAUGGCUGGUUUUAGGUUUUUAUUUCUGUUGUCGUGUGGUGUGUUUGCGAGCAGUGAAAACGCGCACAUUCAAGAAAAACUGUUUUUAAGCUCGCUUGGGCUUUUAAGUCGACCGAGACCGGCAGUCCAUACCCCAGUGCCUUCAGGGCUGUGGAAAAUGUUCAAGAAGGCCGAGAAGAAGCGCGAGUCAGACGCGUGCACAGUUCCGGAGUAUGGAGUCAGAGGAAACAUCGUCAGAUAUCUCAUAGACCAAGGAAGGCUGUUUGCUGACUCCAGCAGUCCAGCGUGCGUGGAGCACCAUUUGUAUUUUAACAUGUCUGUGCUGGAGGAUGUGGAGCAGCUCUCAUUGGCCCAAUUGGAAGUAAAGUUCAAACACGACGAGUUCCCUGCGUCGCGAAAAGACUUGGCGUUCAACAUGCACAUCUACAGGGUGUUAAGGAGCGGGUUAAAGGGCAUGGAUCAGGAAUCCAGCCGCAGGUUGCUGCUUUCGCAGUCUGUCCACGACACUCCAGGCACUAUUAGGGUUAACCUGACCGAUCUGGCCGAAUCGUGGAGAAGACCUGGCACAAACUACGGAGUGGUGUUGAGCUUGCAGGCCAGGCGUUUGAACAAUGAGCUGGACCAGGACUGCGCGAUGGACCUCAUGCAUCAAGAUCACUUGGAGGUGCCGGAGUUGGUGGCGUCGCUCGUGGUCGUUUCUCUGAACCCGCAUCAGUGCCGGGCGAGAAAGAAGCGCAGCGCGUAUUACAUACCCGUCACUCCCAGUAACGUGUGCAAAGCCAGACGCCUCUACAUCGACUUUAAAGACGUUGGCUGGCAGGACUGGAUCAUCGCGCCCCAGGGAUACGUGGCUAAUUACUGCCAUGGAGAAUGCCCCUUUCCUCUGAGCGAGAGCUUGAACGGGACGAACCACGCCAUCCUGCAGACCCUGGUGCACUCUUUUGACCCGAAAGGCACGCCUCAGCCGUGCUGCGUUCCCAUCAAACUGUCCCCCAUCUCCAUGCUUUAUUACGAUAAUAACGACAACGUCGUGCUCAGACAUUAUGAGGACAUGGUAGUGGAUGAAUGUGGUUGUAGAUGAAUUGUACUGCUUUUUUUAUUUUUUAUUAAUAUGCAUACAAUAAAAUUUUUUUUUUUUU